AUUGAGGUAUAUAUUUUUAAUUAGGAAAGAACACGUUUGAACAGUAGGGGGCAUCACAUGGUAUUUUGUGACAGCAAUAUCAUGGCGGUCAGUUUAGGCUAGGCAAUAGUGAUCAGUAUUGGUCAGAAAAUCUACUAUUUGUGUUAAGAUUUUAAUAUUAAUUUAAUGAAAUGAGUUAAUAUUUACUUGUAAAUACGUAGCAACUUGGUGUUUCAGUGCAAUUGUAGAAUAAAAAGACUUAAACUUAAAUGGAAUUAACGAAAAUUGAAUUGAAUUUGUAUAAUGUAAAUUCAAUGAAGAACGAAAUUACAUGAACCUCGUUCUAAGUCUGUGACGAUAGCUGAUAUAUUUGCUAGUAAAGAGUAUGGAAUAAAUAAAAAUGUUUGUAAAAGACCCCUGUGGGAUCGUGUGUAUCAUAAUUACGUAUGUUGCUGUCUUCUAUGCAGAUUACGUCGUCGUACGUUGGGUUAUCCUGCAUAGUUUGCAAGACAGUUUGUGGGGUGCCUUUCAUGUUGUGGCUUUCAACACUAUUGUAUUAUUAUUGAUAAUGUCACAUUUGAAAGCAGUCUGCAGUGAUCCUGGUGUUGUGCCACUACUCCAAAGUCGUAUGGACUUUUCUGACAUUCAUACAGAUAAUCCAGAAACAAAAAUUGAAUGUGAUGAAAGAGACAGUUGGACUGUUUGUACUAGAUGCGAAACGUAUAGACCUCCUAAAGCAUGUCAUUGUAGAAUUUGUAAACGAUGUGUUAGGAGAAUGGAUCAUCAUUGUCCAUGGAUAAACAACUGUGUUGGAGAACAAAAUCAAAAGUACUUUAUUCAAUUUCUGGUCUAUGUUGGAAUAUUGGCCUUCUAUGCACUAGGCUUGGUGAUAACUUCAUGGAUUUUAGAAUGUUCUCGGUGCAGUAACGAUAUAGCUGUCAAACAGAGUCGCAUCUUACACUGUGUUAUAUUGGUAUUGGAAUCAGCACUGUUUGGCAUGUUUGUCAUCGCAAUGCUGGUAGACCAAUUUCAAGGUAUCCUGGGAGAAGAAAACAUAAUGGAAUAUAUGCAGAAUAAUCAUCAUUAUAAAAGAAACAGUUCACGUACAUUGGUUUUACUUUCUCAGGUUUGUGGUAAGAGUCAUCCAAUUUUAUGGAUGUUCCCUUGCCAAAACCCGCCGCGUUAUACUUUCCGAAAAGAUGCGUACCUGAUAGAUCACGAAGUUUAG